UCCAGCACAAUGAUCCAGCACAAUGAUCCAGCACAAUGCGCAGAGGAUCACGCCCAUCACGGCCGCGUGGGCCCCACAAGGUAACGGAGGAGGCUUGUCGGGACGAACCAAUUUGGUCGCUGGAGCGGGCUCUGUUGGCGAAAUAUGGGGGAAAAUCGGGGCUGGCACAGGUUGAGCGAAGUACAACAGACGGACAGACCGGCACAGGCGGUACAGAGAGACAGGCCACCAAGGUGUCGGUUUUACCUCUCCUGUCAACCACAUUCCCUUGCCUGACUGUGGCUCCCCUUCACCUGAACCCAAUGGAUCCGGGAGUCUCUCGAUGCGGCACGAAGCCGGUGAGAUGGGCCCCUUCCCCGUCCCCAUCCCCCGUACAUGCAACUCGGCGUGGUCCGACAGCACGAAACGGAACGAGGAAGGCUCGACUGGGAAAGAGAUCGAGGGUCGUGGAAGCUGGAUUGGGAUGAGGUGAUACGGUUGUCUCUCUAUUUGACACCACGGCCCUCAGUGUGACAUGCAAUAUGCAAUGGGGUCCGGAAUCAUGACCGUCGAGGAAUCACACCUCAGGUAAGGUAGAGAGAGAUCGAGAUCGUUGUGGGCAUACUCAUGCUUGGUUGCUUCCUUGCCUGUUUAGUCACCAGCUUGCUCUUCACCAGUGCUUAGGAAUCGGCUUGGGUGGUCGUGGCGAUAAUAGGCAGAAGAAAUUAUUGACUGUCAAACGGCUGUGGCGAAAGCUCCCCUCUCCCCUCUCUACUCGGGCGUUGUCAGGCUCCCAAACCCAUCCCAUCCCACAGCAUUUGACUUUCACCAGUGACCCUUUUCAGCGGUAUCGGGCUCCCUUCCUGGCCGAGGGGGCACCAACGUGGCUCUCUUCAGGGUUAUGGUGUGGAAGAGCAUAAGCAAAUCGAAUGGUGAGGCGGACUGGCACAACCGUGCAUAAGCCAACCACAACGAAUCUCGAAAUCGUCGGUGACGUCUGAUUUGCUGCCCGACUUUCGAUUCCUGCAGCGGGCUAGCCAGUGAUGUCACCACCAAACCCUCCCCCCGCAACCUCAAAUUCUCCGUCGACGACAGAACAGCCAGGCUGGGGCCACGAUGCCACGAAGAACGCGAAACUUCGCUUUUGCUUCCUGGGGAUAUGGGCGAUAGAGGUCACUCAGCGGGCCGUGUGAGAGGAGAGAAGGCUGCGCCUUCUCGCCCAAGCGGUGUGGUGGUUGAUGCUUCGCUUCCUGUUGGGUCGAGGAUCGCUGACAUCCAACCCACUGAUCCCACGGGCCCUGCAACCCCUCUGAGUGUGAUCCUACCACCAUGCAUUAAGGCCCUUGGGAGCCACACACCAAACCUCGAGAUUCAAUCAGAGAGCCGCCCUGUCUUGUUUCCUCAGCGCCUUACAUUACUUCGCUCCCCUCUGACCGCCGUCCCUUUUCGAAACUUAUUCUCUUGCGAACCACCUUGGAAGGCAAUCAUAGACGCCAAACACGAUAGUCGGUUUGUGAGUUGACUUGAAGUAUAUUUGGUUGAUUAAGAUCUUCGCUGCCACAUUUGUGAGGCUGCAGAAUUCCUCCUCUAUUAUCUUCGGGCCCACAUAGUUCGUUCUUCACAAACCUUCAUGAUGUCGACAAGCUUCACUGGCAAUCCCAUACCCGGGCAACAGCAACAAGAGAGACAACAACAACAACAACAGGAUCAGGAACAAUGGAGACGGGAGCUAUUGGAAUUGCAGGCUCGAAUCAGCGCUCAACUGGCCACAUGCCCACCGCUUCCGGCCGCGUCGUCCCAACCCAACAUGUCCACCGACCGCCCGCCGAUACACCGCCGACAACGUUCUCAGAAUGAGAUCUCGAGGUCUCUAUCCAUGGCUGGAAACACAAGCCGCGCUGCCUUCCCGGGACGAAACCAUGUGGGAUCUAUGGGGAUGUCGAGGAGCGUGUCACAACAUUCUGGAGGCCCUGCGGCCAUGUCCCGGACCAAGUCUAUGGGAGCACCGCCGUCAUCGAUGUCGAGGUCCCUCUCUAGCAGCGGACGAACAGCACCGCGCCAGCAGAUGACGGGAGGCCACCCGAGCUCAGCCGAUAUCGACGCAUGGCAAUCUCAUCAAGAUGGCCCAUACACCUAUCAGCAAUACCAUCAAGCACAACCGGAGCUGGCACAGGUCCCGGAACUGGACAUCGGCGAGGAUCCCAGGAACUACUUCUCUCAGAGACGGACGCCCUACCUCUCGGUGACGACGGAGGACUUCCCCCCGAACAACUUCAUGAUCAACAAGCCGGCCCAGGCCCGAUUAUCACCGUCAAGGCGCAGUACAUUCAGUAACCCAGCCCCAAAUACUCCGAGCAGCACAACGCUAACAACGGAUAACACAUUUGUAAGUGAUCUGAGCCGCCAAAGCAGCACAUGCAAUGAAGCUCUUCAGAGCUUCCAGAUGGUGAAUGUUCACUCGAAUACUUCUAUGUUUUCUGAUAUCAGCUCUACCGAUGAUGCAUUUUACGGCGGCUCGACGCAAUACUACCCACCAUCCGACCUAAAGCAGGUAUCCUCGAGCGAAGAGCAAAACCUUUUGCUCGCUGGGGCUGGCGGGGCUGGGUACGGCCAGCAAGUUCCUUACCCAUUUUUCGCUUCUUCUCAGAAGAUGUCUUCAACUUCGAGUCGUCACGUGGAACGUAUGCAGCGCACGGAAUCGACCGACAGCAAUGUAUCGUCCUCAUCGGCCUCUAGAUCUCGGCAACAGCUACAGAGGCAAAACCAGCUUGCGACAAACCGCAAAUUAGCACCAAAGGGAGGCAGCGACGACGACGAAUCCCAAACAGUCUCCCCGCUCGUCCACAUCAAGUCUAAAGACGGCCAGGAAGACAGGUUCGUAGCUCAAAUCUCCAAAACCCCCUACCAGCGCCCCAAACACGAACGCCUCCACUGCGACCUCUGCGACGACCGCGAGGGCUUCCGGGGCGCCCACGAGCUCGGCCGCCACAAGGACCGCCAGCACAAGGACAUGGUCAAGAAGUGGGUGUGCAUCGAGCCCGUUGACGGGGUCAAGGACGAGUUCCGCCCCAUCAACUCCCUCGCCAAGUGCAAGGCGUGCACCCAGCAGAACAAGAAGUACGGCGCCUACUACAACGCCGCUGCCCACCUGCGCCGCGCCCACUUCGUGCCCAAGCCUCGCGGCAGGAAUAAGUCGGGGAAGGCGGACGAUAAGUCCGAGAAGCGCGGGGGCAAGGGAGGGGGUGAUUGGCCCCCGAUGACGGAGCUGAAGCGUUGGAUGAAGGAUGUGUAUGAGAGCUCUGAUGUAGUGCAGCAAGAUGACGACGAGGAGUCUGGCGAAGAUGACGUCCUCCAUGCCGACCUCGAAGAUCCGACUAUGGCGACGCCAGCGAGUCAGAUGGCUUUCGAUCAGAGCUUCCUCUACCCCGUCGAAGCCCCGAUGUUCGACUACUCCUCCUCCGGCGGCUCGAGCUUCGUCACCCCCAACGAGGGCAUGGACAUGAACGACAUGGGCGGCGUGAUGAACGCCUCCUUCGGGCAGGGGUUCCCGCACGGCGAAUUCGACCAGUCGAUGUUGAUGCCGAGCAGCCAGCAGUCGGGCGACUUCGACGCCUCGAUGGUGAUGACGGCUAAUGACCUGUCGUCCUUCAUCGACCCGCACCAACCCCAUCAUCCUUCUUUUGCAACACAGAACACCCUCCUCUCCCACCAGACUUUCAUCGACCCAGAGCUCGCCUCUGAUUUCCUCUCGUAUGACGCGACUAUGUAAGGUUUUUUGCUGUGCGGGGCUGCUUGGCUCAAUCGUAGGAUUGGGCUGGGGCGCGGUGAUGUGGCUGGUGUUAUGCACCUGCCUUUUGUUCUAUCUUGUUCUACUUCUUGUUUUCUUCUUUUUUUUCACCUUUACCCGUUUCGUGAUGAAGUGAUGCAGCGUGGUGAGCAGCUAUUCAUACGUUCCCCUCCUCCCAACAACAUUUGUGUGUAUGAAGUUGGAAAGAACAGGAAAGAAAUUACACAUUUACAAAUCAUCAUUAGUCAAAACUCCCUCCUCAUCCCCCCUUCCUUCAUCAUAAACUACACCUUUUUUCCCUCUUUCCUCUUCGAAACAUGUCUAUUAUUCGGGCCUCUCUACAUCAUAUUAAUCGCAAAAAUACCUCCUAUUUCUAUUUCUACGUCUCUAUUUUCUAUUUAUUUUCACUUCUCAACUCUUAUUUCUGGGGGGCGGGCUUGGGCUUGCAACGCAUGAGUUCCAGGAGGGCGCGUACAUAUGGUAUCUACAAGGUCGACGAUGCGGUAUUCUACAUGGGCGGAAAUUUCAUACAGCCAAAGGCUGUGGUGACGGUCGGCAUGGGUUCUUUUUGGGGAUUGAAAUGCGGGGGGGACGGUGGACGACGGCAGAGGGGACGGCAUGUGAGUGGAGAUCGAAGUGCUCGAAUCUACGGUACGAUAUUCAAAGGAAAUAAUAUUUUCUCACGAAACAACAACUGAAUGACUUUUAUGACAACGUAGUAUUUUAUUUUAUUUGGUGGGAGCGAAACGCAGGGCUGGUGGUAAUUCGAGGAGGGGUGUAUAAAUCGGUGGUUUAGUAUCAUAGCCAUAUCAUAAUCAUAUUCUGGAUUCGUCCUUGUUUGUUGUUUUAACAACUAUUUGAUUCUACAAGUAUUUUGUCCGUCGAAAACAUGAUACGGUGAAUAUUCAAGAAGAAUAAAAAAUGACAGUACCGAUUUCCACCCAUCUACAACCAAAUCCCCGAUUAACCCACACAACCCCCCCCCAUACCACACGUGUCCGCCCGUACCGUAAUCGGCCGAUGAACA